AUGCCUUCGAGCCUCCGCCCAAGAAUGCAGUGCACGGGCGGGGCGGCGGCGGCGGGCGCGGAGCCGCGGCGGCCGGGCGGCGGGGCGGGCGGGCGCGGCGGCGCGCCUCCUCAGCCGGGCGGGCCGCCCGCCCCGCCGCUCGCGGCCGGCCGCGGGCCUGCCGGCCGCCGCCGCGCCACCUCGGCCGCCUCCACCGAGAGCCUCAACAAGUCAGUGGAGAUCGCAGCAGGCUGGAGUUCACCACUCGGCCGCGCACUCGCAGCCGAGCAGAACUCCACCAACGUGAACGGUGAAGGCGCUGACCAACGCGCCGGUCAAGAGCGAGCGUCGUCGCCCAAGUGGCCCCGCACGCCCGGCGGUCGCAGGGCGGGCGGCGGCGGGCGGCGCGGCGGGCGGCGGCGCGGCGGCGCGCGCGCGCCGGCCGGGCCGGUAACGGCGCCGCUCGCCCUCCGACAUCGGCACGCUCGGUCGAUGGCAAGCAGGAGCCCGAACAGCGAGUUCGUCGACGCUGGAGCAGUGCGCCGCGGCGCUGGAGAAGGACGCGCGCGACCAACGGGGCCUCCUUUCCCGGGCCUGACGGACCUCAUCGGCGAGACACAGCAGACGAGAUCACACGUCGGACGCCUUCAAGGACCUCACUCUGAGAUCUCCGACUUCCACCAGGUUUUCUUGAAAGAAUUUGGCUUCGAAGGCAAUACGUGGACGGUCUGGGCGCGGGCGGCGGCGGCGUUUCACCAUCAAGGACGGAGGACGACCCAAGGACGGCCGGCUGGCGGCGGCAGCGGCAGAGCCAUCCCGCCCAGCCGCAAACAGCAGCCAGCAGCAGGCAGCAGUCGCCACGGCCACCCCACGCACCCGCACGCCGGCCGCCCAGCACCUGCUGGACGUUGGUGGGCAAGGCCGGCGCGGCGGGCGGGGGCGGGGCGGGGACCCGGCGCCGCGCUCCCGAGCCCGCUGCUGCAGCGCGCAUUCUCGCCGCAGGGCGUCUACGAGCAGCAGGAUGCGCAAACGCAUGCGGCGCCUAACUCGGGCUCGACUUCAGCAAGGUGA